AAAGCAGCUGUAAUUAUAUCAAUUUUGCUCCACAGUUCCAACGAGCAUUGCAAUGCAAUGCAAGCCAAAAAUGCGUUCUAUCUUGCAGCGAGCCGGGCAUCCAAAUCGGUCCGAGAGUGGGCUGCACAUGCAGGCCUUGCAGUCUCACCAAAGUCCACCGAAAACAUUCGGAACUCAUUAAUGAGGACGCAGAAAAUUAUGAACAUGGAACUUGGACGUACCAGGGUACUCAAUCUCGCUUAUGACAACUGCGACUUCAAAUUUGGAGUCGGUCAGUCAACAGAUCUCAAUGAACGCACCUUUGAGAGCAUCACCACCGGCAUGUUCCUUGAUCCCCCUAGUCAAGUGCUCCCAGAACACCUCGAGUAUGCCGAGAUGUUGUGGGAUCGCCACCACAAUAACCCAGAUGCCACAAAUCCC